AUACACACUCAAUGUUAGAUUUAGAAACCAAGGCAAGAUACGAGUAUUGAAAUCAUUUUCAUAAAUUUGUUUCAGUAUUUUAAAAGAAAAGGCUAGGCCCCAGAAAAUAGCACCGAAAAUUAUUCAGAUUCAAGAGGACCAAUUCAAAAGAAUGGAAGAAGAAAACGAGAAGCUCAAGCUGAAAAAUGUUGAAAUUCAACAGGACCGUGCUGCCAAAGAAGAGGCCAUUCACUACUAUACUGAGAAGUUGAAAGAGAAAGAGAGUGAGGUGAAACAGCUUCAAAAAUUGAAUGCUGACUUUCACAAUCAGUUACGCUCAAAGAAUGUCAUUUCACUCCAACAACAACUUGCACAUGCAAAAAGGAUUGCCGAGGAUUUACACACUCAAAAAGACGCCUUGCUCAAGGAGAAGGAGCGAUUAUUAACAAGACUCAGUGAAGUAGCCGGAUCAAAAUUAACAACCAACAACCCAGCAAUUACUGACCUAAGUGAUGAGAACAGACCAAUAAAAUUGGCAGAAAAAUUCGGUCAGAUUUAUGACGACGAAUGGACUGAUUCUUUGGAAGAAAUUAUGAAUAUUGGAUUGGAUGAGGUCCCAUCGAUUGCCUUUCUACUUCGUAUCAUUAUGAGUGCAUUUCAUCUGUGCUGCAGAUACAACUUGAUGUUUGUCGAUUUACGUGAUUGCAAGAAUUUGUUAUGGUGUGAUGAAAAUACAAAAAUGGAGUCAUUACAACGGAUAGAAUUAUCAGAGGAAGAGAAAAUAGCUUUAGAAAGUGUAACUAAACGCCUUAAACAUUCUAGGCAACCUGCUUUCAUCGUAGCAUUAAAGAAGAAAUUUUCAGUUGUUGUGCAAGGGAUGUUACUCAACAUUACGAAGAAGAGAAAUUGUGGUCAGACAUUCAAGAAAGAGAUGGAAAUGUUUAAACACCAAGAUAUGAGUGAAGAAGAAGAACACAGAGACACAAAUGAUAAUAAAGAUGGAAAAAGUCAGGAUCAGACCCAAAGUGAUUCUAAAAUUCCAUCUUCUAUAUCUGAAAAUGAACCCUUUUCAUCCAUUGAAGAAACAAAAAUGUUAUCUUCAGAAUCUGUCAUUCCAUUAAAAAUUCGCAAAACAGAUGAAAGGUUUGUAGAAUCGGCAAGGGGUGAUUUUUCUAUGCCUAUCCAUCAAAAAUAUGUUAAGGAAGGUUUUCUGCUAAACAAAGAAGAUGUUGAAAAACUGUUUUCUACACCGAUGGCAUUUGAACCACUAUCGGAUCAAAUUUUGACAAAAUUUUCUAAGACAGUACAGUUUGCCGAGCAUUGUUUGGAGCUAUGUUGGCUUAUGCAAUCAGUUCAGCCACCUGUUCACUUGGACGCUGAUAUUCCCGAAAACAGACAGCUUAAAACCGAUACAUUUAAGGAAUACACUAAGAAAGGAAAUAUAAUUGAGUAUAUAGUGUGGCCAGCAAUGUAUUUGCACAGGAAUGGACCAUUACUUUCGAAAGGAGUAGCGCAACCAAAAUGAUAUUUAAUUUCGAGGCGGCAUUAAAGUAAGCCUGGUAAUUAUCACAACAUGCAAGGAUUUAAACAGAUAAAGUAUCACCGAUAUUUGUAUUUUUAAUGGAUCUAAACUAUUUUUCAAGUGUGUUGUUGCAUAAUAUUUUAAUGUGAACAUUUUACAAGGCAUUUAUUUUUAACUAAGAUUUUAAGAUAGGUAUUCAAUACGGUAGAACAAGGACAUAGGUUUUGAGAAUCAGCAGAUACAUGUAUCUGUAAUCGAAAGUAGUAUAUGACACUGAUUGACAAAGUUUAAAAUAGCAAUAGAAAAGUGUAACUAUUUUACCAUUAUUUCUUUUUUACAUAUUUAUUCAUAAGAACUGAAUUCCUUCUGACUAUACCGACCAUAAAUAAAGUUUUUUAAAAAAGUAAAGAAAUGUAUGUUGAUUAUCGUCGUACUGUAUUCUUGCUCUUUGCAGCAUUCUGGGAAAAAGUAUGAUGUUUGGUAGAGGAUUUAUGUUUUAGAAAUAUACGAGAUAACCACGUGCUAGUAGUAUGGUAUAUUUCAUUAGUAUAAGUAUGGCAUCCUCUAUAUAUUCUAUAUGAAGUGUAUAAUUUUUUUAUUUGUAAUUUCUUAA